AUGAUAGUACGCGCCCCGUCGCAAGGCAGCGUGGUCUCGCAGACAACCCAACACAUGGGCCCUCAAAGUCGCCCAGGGACGGCGGACCCCUUACGAUCUCGGUCGGAGACACUUUCGCGUGGUGGCCGUCGGGCUCGAUCUCGAGGCUCAACUGCUAGCAUCCACUCGAGCACCACACAGCAAACUCAAGACCAACACAUCGAUGCAUUCCCUCAAUUCAUGCCUCCUCAGGUCGGCAAUGGCAUGUUCGCCAACAAUCCAGAAGACAUGAUCAUGCGUUUCGGUCAUCAGUUCGGUCAUCAAUCCCAUGGUGCACCCUUAAGUCAGGACUUGCGAGACGCCCACGCAGUCAUGUCUCGACCGGAAGAUUUCCCCCCACAUGCUAUGCACGGUCACACACUCUCCCACCACUCGUUGCCCUCCGAAAUGGCUCACAAUGGGGUCCCUGGUGUCCCGGUGCCUCAAUACCAGGCAAUUUAUGACAGUGGAAUCGAAAAUCACCUGCCAGAGCAAGCCAUCGAAGAUCCUGAUGUCUCAGAACAAGGUGGGAAAAAGAAGAGAGGAUCUAGCUCCACGCUGGCGAAUGACAAUGAGCUUCGUAAAUUGCUUCGUCAAUACGAAGGUUGGUCGUUGAAGCAAAUGGCGGCCGAGGUCAUGAAGCACGAAGGUGCUGGCGGUAAAGCAGAGAAGGUGAAGCAGGUCUUCGCCAUGAUCUGGUUGCGAGAAAACUGCAGGAAGAGUUCAGGUUCUGUAAGACGGGACCGUGUGUAUUGCUGCUAUGCAGAGAACUGUGGGACAGAACGUGUGUCGGUAUUGAACCCGGCGUCGUUUGGAAAGUUGGUGCGCAUCAUCUUCCCGAAUGUUCAGACUCGACGUCUUGGAGUUCGUGGCGAGUCCAAGUACCAUUACGUCGAUUUGUCGGUCAUUGAGGAGAAGCAACAAAAGCCUGCACCAGUGAGCACACACGUUGCGCCAAGUCAACGGGGUCCAUCCGUAGCCCCAGAGAGACCCGCAAGUGCCAUGCGUUCACGAAGUAUCAGUAUCCCCCAGCCCACCGCUGACUCCGCCGUCUUCCCUUCCCCAACUGCAGCCUUUGCCCCCAGAUACCCUGCCAACUCUGUGGCAAAUUGUGGUUGUCCAUCUGAUACGCCCACCAUGUCUGGCCACGACACCACCGUUACCCCCGAAAAUGUCGCUCAACAUGCUGGCCGGAUGAUUCACCAGAUGUUGCAGUUCCCAACCGAUGAAGCACCGGUUGAUAAUGACACCCUCAUUCUUCCCGAUAUACGUGGUCAUUUGCCUGCCAACACCGAUCUGAAGGUGGCAGAUGCGCUCGCGGCCCUGUACAGAACUCACUGCAUCUCCGUCAUCGACAGCUUCCGGUUCUGUAAAGAACGCAACCUUCUGAAAUACUUCUCUGCGUUCCACGGAACUUUGACCGUGCCUGUUCAAAGGCUUUUGACCCAUCCCAACCUCGCCCCAUGGAUCAAGGAAUGCGACUGGUUGAUGUAUCAGAAAAUGAUUCCUUUCGUCGCACCUCUCACUACACAGGUUGUGCCUAAGCCUGUUUUAGACGCAUUUCGCUCCAUUUCCCAACGACUGUGUGGCCAUAUUGCGGAAACCUUCAAGUCACAACCAACUCAUGUGUCUAUCGCUCGCCUGAUCCCUGCCCAUAUCUUCUGCAACCUCCUCAGGCACAUGCUUGAUGUCAACCAGGCAGCAAAUGCUGCUGCUGCUUGGCUCUGCCACCCUGAAAACCGCAACCAAAUGUGGGCUGAUUUCAAGUCCCUUGUGGACCCACAGGAAAUGAUCACGAAAGCAAACAUCCCCGCCUGCGCUGCACGCGCUACUGAACAAAUCCUCAAACACGACGUUCGGGCCCUUCUAACUCCAAUAAAUGACGUUGACCCAAUGAACUCUCUGCCUUUCUAUCGCAAACCAGACACCCCUCAAGACAUUGCAGCUCACCCAUUCCCCGCCGAAAGCGCUCCUGGUGAUGAGUACAAUUUCCCGGACAAGUGGAUCCAGUUUAUUCUGAACGUUCCAGCUGUUUUCGCCGGCCAUCGCUCUCAGUGCGUCAUCGAAAAGGUGGACGCCAUGUGGGAAAACAUUCUGCAUCGUUUGACUCUGGGUGGUGCUGCUAGUUUCAGUGCCUGGUGGAUGACCAAGGUGUUCUUCCACGAGAUGAUGCUUUGGCAGGCAGAGAAGGGUGGUUUUAUGCAGAGCAAUCCGGCUACCCUGCAAAGUGUUACUGUGGCCCCCGAACCUAUGGGGAUGGGGAACUUUCAGCUGAAGCACCCCCUUGGGUCCAAUCGCAACUCUUUUGAUGGAUCCCACUCUGGGACCCCGGGUGUCCAUGGCCGCAGCCGCGAUGCUCAUGUGGACCACAAACAUACCCCAAGUGAAAAAGAGCUAGCACUUGCGGACUCAGGCUUCCAAGCUCCCAACAACGAUGACAGCGCGAUUGACCUGGAGGAUGACCCUUUGUUGAUUGCUGUGGGUAAAUAUGGUGACAUGAUGGCUUCAGACCCAGCAGAUGCCGAAGGCGAUGUGGUCGUUAUCUAA